AUGGCUGGCACACACUAUGCCAAAUAUGAUUUCUACGAUUUCUAUUAUUUCUAUGAUUUCUAUAAUUUCUAUAAUUUCUAUAAUUUCUAUAAUUUCUAUAAUUUCUAUAAUUUCUAUAAUUUCUAUAAUUUCUAUAAUUUCUAUGAUUUCUAUAAUUUCUAUAAUUUCUAUAAUUUCUAUGAUUUCUAUGAUUUCUAUGACUUCUAUGAUUUCUAUGAUUUCUAUGAUUUCUAUGAUUUCUAUGAUUUCUAUGAUUUCUAUGAUUUCUAUGAUUUCUAUGAUUUCUAUGAUUUCUAUGAUUUCUAUGAUUUCUAUGAUUUCUAUGAUUUCUAUGAUUUCUAUGAUUUCUAUGAUUUCUAUGAUUUCUAUGAUUUCUAUGAUGAAUAUUAA